GCGCGCGGCCCGUGAUUUUUACCGCAAUGCAUCAGAACUGAGCGAACGCGUGAACGAGCCUCUCAGAAUGGCGUUUAAACCCGACAGAUGAGCGAGACCCGAUCAUAAACAUCAGGUUAAUGCUUAAGGAUUAAUCCACGCGAGUCACAGAGCCAAACUGAUGCUGGUCUAGUGUUCUUCAGGAGUCCAUUACAUCCGCGGGACGGGGCCCUUCAGAACCUCAGAACAUGAAGACCCGUCACUGUGGACUCUAAAGCCCACGAUAGAGAGAGAAUCACGGUCCAGCUCAGUGUCUGUCUUCUGUGAGCAUCAUGGACAUGUGUGUGAGACGUCUGCUGCUCCUGUGUGUGUUCUUCACGGUCUCAGUGUCCGUGUGUAGCGGCGCAUGCGCAGAGGUGGACUCGGACACCGAGGCCGUCGCGGGACAAGUCUUCAAGCUCGGAUGCAUUUCCUGCAAGAUGCGCGGGGAAGUGGAAGCCACGGCCACCGUAGACUGGCACUUCCGGCCGCGCGGACAGGACGAGUUCACCCACAUUUACAGCUACAACGGAGAGUCGUCGGACAUCAUCGACGAGCGUUUCCAGGACCGGAUGGAGUGGUUCGGCAGCAGGAAAACCUUCGACCUUCAGGACGCGUCCGUCAACAUCCUGAACGUGACCUUCAACGACACGGGCGAUUACCAGUGCAUCUUCAACCGCAUCCUGAGCUACGAGCACUACGAGUACUCCACCGUCGUCAGCAAGCUGGUGCACCUCACCGUCGUGGCCAAGGCCACCCGCGGGACGGCCUCCAUCGUGUCGGAGGUGAUGAUGUACGUGACGAUCAUCGGGCUGCAGCUCUGGCUGCUGGUGGAGAUGAUCUACUGUUACAGGAAGAUCGCGGCGGCGGGAGAGGAAGCUCUGCGAGCGAGCGCAGCGGAGUAUUUAGCCAUCGCACCUGAGGGCAAAGACAACUGCGCCGGUGUGCAGGUCGCAGAAUAACACAGCAGGAUUUAACACGUCACUAUCAGGAUUUUCCCAGGAGCCUCUCCUGAACUGCUGCCACUCACUCCUGUUUUAUCCGCUGUUGUUCCUGACGAUCGAUCCCGUGUUCCGCAUGAUUCCUCACGCUAUGCAUGAACCGAACGCUCUCCUGAGAACUCACUGCAUUAUUCCUCCUCGCUCAUUGACAAGCGCAAUACUCUGAGUUUGCACUAGAGGUCAGUAAAGAGCAAGGAAUCGCUGCUGAUCAAGGCCAAACACACACAUUCACAGACACACCUACUCACACACACACCUACUUACUCUCACACUCACACACACACACACAUAUAUUAUAGUGACUGGAAGAUGAUCUGGAAGCCGAUGCUCUGCUGAAACUGCAUGAGUAAAAAAUGUGAAUCUGAAGAAACUUCCUUUAUAUACGUAAUAAUAAUUAACCAUCCUGAUAGAGUUUAUCAAUCAUAUCUGUAUAAUGUGGUGCAAUAUGACAAUAAACCCUAGUUCUCCAAUGUAGCAGAAUUAUGUUAAAGCACUGAAGUGAGAGAGAGCGAGAGAGAGAGAGAGAGAGAUGGGGGAGGAGGGAGAGAAAUAGAGAGAGAGAGAGAGAAUGUAAAUUAAACGAGUUGAAAUGAAUCUUGUCGACUGUUUGAUUGUUUGUUUGUUCACAUUAUUAAUGCAUAAAUCGACAGGAACGAUGAACGAUGCUUUUCGUCAAACAUGACAGGACAUAAAACCAAACUACAUGAAAUAUAAUUUAACAUAACAUAAUAUUUCUUAAUGAGCAUUACACUGACAAAACUAAAGAAUUAUUUAUAUGAUUACUGUUAUGAUUUGCUAUAUUUUUGCAUAUUUUCUGUAAGCAUGAAAGUCUGUUUUACACGAGAUUGUACUGAAACGAUCUGAUGUUUAUGAUGAUCAUGUGACUCAUGUGGAAUUAAACUGCUUUUGUUGAAAAAUC